GUGGACCUGUCCUGUGUGAGGGUAUAAAAGCAGGACAACACCUUCAGCCCCUCCCACUGGUGUGCUGACUCUGACCUGGGACACACCACCACCACAACCACUGCCACCACCACCACCACAACAACCAACCGUGACACGAUCGAUACCGCCGCCACCACACCAUGCAGGUGACACAUAAGCCGCUGGUUCUCUUGCUGUGGGUGCCUUCCUGCCUCGCUCAGAUCGGACCACCAAGAACUUACCAGGUGCCAGGCUUUCCCAGCAUCACUGCUCCCGCUCCCCCUGCACCAGCGCCACCCACCAACGCCCUGCCACCCGCAACCAACGGCCUGCAGAAGUGUGCCCCGGGUGACAGGGUGCCCGGCCCCACCUGUACUUCUUUCUAUAUGUGUGUAGGUGGCAGUAAAUAUGCUACAAGAAGAGCAAAGUUUGAAUGUGCUCCAGGAACAGUCUUUGACAGCCAGCUGGGCACCUGUGUCUUCAACUCAGGAUCAGACUGCAUUCCACCAGUGGUAGCACCACCAGCCACAUCCCAUACCACACAGCCAGGUCCUCCAGCACCUAUAAAUACUAACUCGUGCAUACGUUAUCAGCUGGACCCAACCACAGUAUUUGAUUGCCUGGAGGAAGGAUUUUUCCCUUAUGCCUCAGACUGUGUACGGUUCUACAAAUGUGUGGUGACAAUGGGCUGCACAAUAAAAGGAUUUCUCUUCAGCUGCCCAUCCGGCUACCUCUAUGACAACCAGCAGAAGAAAUGCGAGAAGGAGGCAAUAAUAGGGCCGUGUGACCGACUGUCGGAUGCUGUUGUACAAACUCAUGAAAUUAGGCCAGUUGUUGAGAUCAAGCCAGAGAAGCUCGACCAGUUCUUCGAGUCUGACAUCUAUUGGGACCUGAUGCCUUUCUUGCCCAACGAGCCGCAGAGACUUGUGCCUGUCCUUCCUUCCACCUUCUCCCGAGCACCACACCAGGAAGACAGGCCAUUUGCUUAAGGGGCUGAACGUUAUAUGUAUGUCAUUGGGAGUUAAAAUCAUAUUAGAAAUACAACAGGUUAACAAUGACUGGAGUGAAACAAAUCCACUUGGUUCUCCCUUGGACAAAGUUAACUAUUGUUUCUGAUCAGUUUUCAAAUUGUUGGUGGAAUAAUGUUAAGAUGUGUUGGUAUUUUCAUCAAAGCACAUAAUCAUACAUAGUUAUGUAUCAUGAUGUUGUGCAAUACAAAGCUUUUCACUAGUUAGCGUAUUUAUCAUAUACCUGCAUCCUUGCCUUUCUUUAAUCAUGAAUUUAUUACAUGUCAGUAUAUAUCCGUAAGUUUCACAUAUCCGUGCAGCGAAAAUAAAUGAAUAUAUCUAUAACUGAUAUAAAAAUGAACGUGUUUCUCCCAAAUAACUUCAGGAGCAUUUACUAGAUAUUAUGAACAUUACCGACAAGUUUAAAAGAAUUUGUAUGAAUCUUAAUGACACAUUACAUUCUCUUUGGUCUUGUUUCGAAGAAGGCUUAUGUUUAUCAUGAAAUCUCUCCUACUGUCCUAAAAAAAAAAAAAAAACUGUAGGUAGCUCAAUCUUCAUAUUCUGCAAGGAAAAGCAAGGAAAAACUGUUCUAUCAAUAUCCCCCCCCACUCUCUCUCUCUCUCUCUCUCUCUCUCUCUCUCUCUCUCUCUCUCUCUCUCUCUCUCUCUCUCUCUCUCUCUCUCUCCUAUUCGAGUUUUCAUGUCCGCAAAAAUAAGGUUAUGGAAUAAAGCUCAAAUUUUGGUUAUCUGUUGUGUUAUAUUCAACAAGAUAAUGCUCACAUAACUUAGUCUACGAUACAGUUGUUGUAUAUUUUGCUCAUUAUAUGGUUGAUGUUGAAUAAAACGAGAAAA